CAGCGACGUAGCGGCGAGCCGCGACGCCACGCGCGGAUAAAAAACCUUGCCGCCCUCCUGCCUGCGGCAACUAGCUGUCGGGGUCGCUGCUACUCUGCUACCACGGCUGCGAAAGCGAUUGAUAGCCAGGGAAAGCGCAAGCCUGGUGGAAGACAACAUCGCGCGGGCACGGGCACGGGCACGCGCGCGGGAGUGGAGAGGCGAGGGAGUGGAGUGGAGUGGAGCGGAGCGGAGUGGGGUGGUCGUUAGAUCGUUUGGUUGGUUGGGACAUGAUGGAUCACCUGAGCCUGGUGCCCUACGAGGGGGGCAGCGACGGGAGCGGCGGCAAGUACAAGGAGUGCAUGCGCAACCACGCGGCGGCCAUGGGCGGGCAGGCGUUCGACGGCUGCGGCGAGUACAUGGCCGCCUCGCCGGACACGCUCAAGUGCGCCGCGUGCGGCUGCCACCGCAGCUUCCACCGCCGCGCGGCGGCGGCCGCGGGGGCGUGCGCGCCCAUGUUCUUCCGUCCGCCGCCUCCGCCGCACCACCACCACCACCACCACGCCGCCGCGCUCCAGGGCUUCCUCCCGUCCGUGCCGGCGCCGCACCUCGCGCUGACGUACGUGUCGCCCGUCGCGUGGCACGCGCGCGGGGGGUCGGAGACGCCGCCGCGACCAGAGGACUCCGUCGCCGGCGGUGGAGGAAGCGGUAGCUUCGGGCGGAAGCGGUUCCGGACCAAGUUCACCCCCGAGCAGAAGGAGCGGAUGCGCGAGUUCGCCGAGAAGCAGGGGUGGCGCAUCCAACGGAACGACGACGGCGCCCUCGAGCGCUUCUGCCACGAGAUCGGCGUGAAGCGCCACGUCCUCAAGGUCUGGAUGCACAACCACAAGAACCAGCUCGCGUCCUCCCCCACCGCCGCCGUAGCAGCAGCGGGCAUCAACCCCGCUGGCGGCACCUGCCUUGGCACUGGCACUUGCCUUGGCACGGGUACUGGCACCGGAGACGGCGACGGCGACGGCGACGGCGACGGCGACGAUGACGACGACACCGACGACUCCCCGCCCCGCGCCGCCGUCUCCUCGCCCUCCCCGUCCCCUAUCAGCGUCUAGCCCAGCCUCGGGCGCUCUCCCACUCUCCGGCGCGCUAAUGAGUUCUUUUAAUCACUAGGGGUUAGUAAUUAAUUAGCUCCAGGUAACUGUCAACCAUCCCAGGUUAACCUCCUGCCUCCAGUGGCGCGGCCGCUCCGUACGGUCGCGCCACCGGGGGCAUAUCUGUCAUUUCUUCCACUGCACUGUCCCUUUUAAUCGUACCAUCAUGGCAUCAUCAGUGACUAAUGAUCGUAUCUCGGUGAGUAAUGCAAUCUGCAAUGCUUCAGAGUCGGUGCAUGGAAAUCUC